GUUGACUGUCAAGAUGACGGAUUCUCGACUAGUAAUAAAUGUGUAUAACAUAAAGUGAAAUAUUUGUUAAUUUAGAAUGGAAGCGGCACAUGUAUCAGGAUGCCAGAUUGUGUCGCAACUUGUUAGAAUAGGCAUAGUUGCAGCUGUAACCUAUUAUUGUGUCAAAUGGUUAGUCAACUCUAUGGACCCCACCAACAAGGCAAAGAAUAAGGCCAAGGAGAUAGCCCAGAACCAAUUAAAGAAACUGAAUGGAAUGGUGGAUAAAAGCUGCAAGCUGAAGCUUAGCGACUUUAAUAGCUACGAACUGAUGAUUGCUUCACACCUUGUUGCUCCAUCGGACAUUGAAGUCAGCUGGGCGGACAUUGCUGGUCUGGACACAAUUGUUCAAGAGUUGCGCGAAUCGGUUGUUCUGCCAGUGCGGCACAGUAAUCUCUUCCAGCAUUCACAGUUGUGGCGGCCGCCAAAGGGAGUUUUACUCUACGGUCCACCUGGAUGUGGGAAGACGCUCAUUGCUAAGGCGAUUGCUAAAGAGGCAUGCAUGCGUUUUAUCAACCUGGACGUGGCGGUGCUCACGGACAAGUGGUAUGGCGAGUCUCAGAAGUUGGCUGCCGCCGUCUUCUCGUUGGCUCAUAAGUUGCAGCCCUGCAUAAUAUUCAUUGACGAAAUUGAAUCGUUUUUGCGAGUGCGGGCUACCGCAGAUCACGAGGCGACGGCUAUGAUGAAGACACAGUUUAUGAUGUUGUGGGAUGGCUUAAUCAGCAAUUCAAGUUGUUCGGUACUCGUGCUGGGCGCCACGAAUCGUCCACAGGAUCUGGACAAGGCAAUACUGCGGCGCAUGCCAGCGCAAUUUCACAUUGGGCCACCAUUAGAACGACAGAGAUUAGCGAUUCUACAGCUUAUUUUGCAACACGAACAGCUGAGUUCCUCAGUGGAUCUGAAGCGAUUGGCCACUCUGACGUCUGGUUACUCGGGCUCGGAUCUGAGGGAGCUUUGUCGUCAAGCUAGCAUCAAUCGAAUGCGUGGUCUUUUGUCUAAAGACAUUAAUACUGAUGACACGCAACAAUUGGAUGAGAAAGCAUUAGUAAUCAGUAUGGAUGAUCUUCUGAAAUCAGUGGUCACCAUGAAACUGUCAAAGCUGCGCACCGCCUGCACCUAUCUAGCCAGAAAUUUAGAGCUCGACUAACUGCUCAGUUAACUCCAUAUAAAAUACAUCAAAGUAAAUUAUUUCGUUUUAAAAUUCCAA